GAAUAGCAGCUCGUGUGCUGGGGAGAUGCAGUAAUCACUGGGGAUUUGGAGCAGACAGUGCAGUACAGGACGUGUGUAUUGCGGGACUGGAUGCUACAAUGCCUCAUCUCUUUAUAUAGAUUUGUGCUUUACUUGUCGAGCCGAGGGUACGACAUGUUAAAACCAGGCUAUACCUGAAGUUGUGCCCUAUUCAGGCUGUACCUGAAGUUGUGCCCCAGUUCUGGUCAUUGCAUAUGUCUGAUUGCUUUGACAUAUGGAGCUGCCGAUUCCGAAGAGGAAGAUCGAAGAGAGCAUUGGUGUUCAUUGCCAGUGUUGAACAGAAGUCUACAGGGACUGAUUAGGUCUUUGAUGGGAAUCAUUUACCAAAUCAGUGGAAGGAGUAUUCAAACCAGGACUCUACACUGGUGAUAAGGACAUGGGACUCCUCUCACCAUCUUCCAGCAGGUUCAAUACAACUGCUAUCCUGGUCAAAAGCGGCAAGGGGCAACCUUGGUUUGGUUUAUUACCUGAUAAUCACGGAAACAUCACCAUCAAGAGCUGAAGGUACCACAUUGUUGGUAGAGUAAGCUCAGCUUAUGAGGAUGUCUGAUACAAGUAUUGCAAAAGAAGAAGCUGAAGCAAUGAGGAGUACAGAGGAACAUCUAAAACAAUCCUCAGUGACGGAAAACUUGAUAAAAUCAGAAAGCGUUGAGCAACCAGAAGUGGAAAAGGAUGAAGGCUGUACAAAUAACAAAACUGAUUCUCAGAGACAAAUACAAAAUCUUGGACAGGCGGGAAAAAGGUCAAAGUCAAAUGCAAAGUUAAAACUUGUACGGAGCCUGGCUCUGUGUGAAGAGUCUUCUCCUCCGCCCACAGCUGAUGUUCCAGAGGACAAUCAGGAAACCAUUCAAUUACACUUAACACAAACGUUUGAUCGAGAAGAAGAUCUUGCAAAAGAUGACCCUGAAAAGGAAAACUGUACAGAAAAACCUGAUAAAAUUCAUAGAAAGAUGUUAUCAAGAGAUUCCAGCCAGGAAUAUACAGACUCCACUGGAAUAGAUCUUCAUGAAUUUUUAGUGAAUACAUUGAAAAAUAAUCCCAGGGAUAGAAUGAUGUUGCUGAAGUUGGAACAAGAAAUCCUGGAUUUUAUCAGUAAUAACAAUAUUCAAUACAGGAAAUUUCCUCCAAUGACCUCCUACCACCGGAUGUUGUUGCAUAGAGUGGCUGCAUACUUUGGCUUAGAUCACAAUGUUGAUCAAACUGGAAAAGCUGUGAUUAUAAACAAGACCAGCAACACAAGAAUACCCGAUCAGAAGUUUUGCGAACAUAUAAAAGAUGAUAAAAGUGAUGAUUUCCAGAAGAGGUAUAUUCUUAAACGUGAUAACUCAAGCAUUGACAAAGAUGACAACCAAAUACGUAUCAGAUUGCGGGAUGGUAGAAGAAGCAAAUCAAUAGAGGAGAGGGAAGAGGAAUAUCAGCGGGUCAGAGAUAGGAUAUUUGCUCCAGAUUCAUCAUUCUCCCAGGAUAAUUAUUUCCUAGACAAAAGAAUCCAAGAGGAAGAAACCGCUAACUGUACACAGCAAAGACGCCAGAUAUUUAGAGGAAAUAAGGAUGGAGCAGGGAGAUCUUCCAGUAGUCGCCAUAGCAGUACUGAAAAUGAACUGAAGUGGUCAGAGCCACGACCUUGGAGCAGUACGGACUCUGACAGCUCAAACCGCAACAUGAAACCAGCAAUGACGAAAGCCAGCAGUUUCAGUGGGAUUUCUGUCUUGACGAGAGGAGAUAGCUCUAGUAGCAGCAAGAGUACAGGCAGGCUUUCAAAAACAGGUUCAGACUCUUCUAGUAGUGUAGGGUCAUCUACGGGUUCCCUCUCUCGCACCCACCAACCUCUUCCAGUCACAGCUAUGAGCCAAACUCAUGGUGUGCCAGCCAUCUAUUCAGCUGUCAGCACUAGUAAUUCUCUUUCCUUUGAUGGUGGCAUGAGUGGGCAAGUGAUUCCUACUAGUACUAGCUUCUUUUUGCUUCCCUUGGAAGCUGCAGGCAUACCACCUGGCAGUAUUCUUGUGAACCCUCAAACAGGUCAGCCAUUCGUGAAUCCAGAUAAUACGACAGUAGUGUAUAAUCCACCCCCUGCCUCGCAGUCUGUGAGGACCCCCAUAGCAGGCCCUGUACAACAACCACCACCAACUGGUCCACAGCAACAGCAAGCACCAAAUCACAUCCUCUCCCAGCCAAUUCGGGCUCUGCAGCCUUCUUCACAGCCUAUCCAGUACUCUGCGAUAUCUUGCCCUCCUCAACUCCUGCCAGUCUCACCCUCCCAGCAAUAUACUGUGCAAGACAGCCUGGGGGCCCAGUUUAGCCAAAUGGGCCUCGGACGGCAGCUAUCUACUGAAGCUCCCGAUCACCAUACUGCCAUGUUUCCAUCAUCUGUAGUGCUUCAACCUCCACAGCAGCCUGGAUUUAUCAUGGCAUCUCCAGGACAGCAUCUUCCUGCUUCGAACUAUUCUGCCUCUGGCCCACCUGUUAAUCAGCAAGUACUUCAGGCACAGAGCUAUGUGCAGCAGCCUUUGCAGCAGCUGUCUGGUUGUUACUGUGCUCCAGGUCAGUAUCCCCAUGCCAAUCACCAAUAUCGGCCUGUUGCUCCUCUCUCUUACAACACUCAGCAAAACCAGCCACUGGCACAGCCUACCCCACAAACAGGUUUUCAAACUGUGAUGUCGAGUCAGCAAAACUAUCAGAGUUUAAUAGGUGUUCAGCAACCGCCUAAUCAAAACAUAGUGAGUGGCCAACUUAGCAAUAUGGGGAAUCAGAUGCAAGGCAUGAUGGUUCAGUAUCCUUCAAUACAGUCUUACCAGGUGUCAAUGACUCAAGGCUCCCAGGGAAUGAGUCAGCAGUCCUAUCAACAACCAAUUUUAAUCCCCAGUCAGUCAAAUCAAGGGGCUUUACCUGCUGGUGGAAUGCCAGUCUAUUAUAGUGUUAUCUCACCUGCUCAACAGAAUAUGAGUUCAUCAGUAGGUUUCCUGCAGCCUCCAGGAUCAGACCAGAUGCAAUUCCCGAGACCAUCUUCCCCAUGCAACUCCCAUCAGCUACAAAGCCAUCAAUGUCCAGCUGUAGCACCCCAUGGCAGUGGAAUGAUUAUGAUGCAGCUUAGCAUACCCAACAAUCCUCAUUCACGGGCUCAUUCUCCACCUCAAUGGAAACAAAAUAAAUAUUUCACCAUGGACCAGAGGCUGCAGAAAUCCAGUGAUCUUGGUAACCCAGAGAAUAACACGCAGAGCAGUCCACAGCUGGGAAGUGCUGCCACAUCACCAGCCCAGUCUCCAGCACCACUACCAAUGACAACAGUAAAGAAUGUGCGCUCUGGAUUAGCACCGCUCCCAAUAAUGGCACAAUUUACUAGACCUAUGGUUCCUGGGCAAGGAGAUGUACGCUACCCUUUGCUUGGCCAGCCACUGCAGUAUAACUCUACAAUCCGUCCCACAGCUCUCCAUGGGCCACAUGUUGUCUCAACACAGCAGGGUCACAACGUGAGUCGGCAUGGAGGAAGGGGUAAAAGGCCAACGAGGAAAGCAUCAUCAACAGAUCUUGGUGGAGGGGAGCCAGUUGUUGGCAGAGUCCUGGAGGUGACUGAUCUGCCAGAGGGCAUUAGUCGUAUAGAAGCUGAUAAGCUUUUAAGUGAACUUUUUAAAGCUGAUGCCAAGAUCCGGUGGCUGCGGGACACUCCUCCACAUUGUGGUGGUGGCGACAGUAAUGCAAACACAGAACACUUGAAACCUUCCAGUGACUUGGCAUCCAUGUACACAAUCAUAGCGAUGUUUCCUUCAAAACUGGCUGCUCAGAAUGCAUUGAUGAAACAAAAUAACUCCAUAAAUAAAUUCAAACUGAGAACAAGCAAGAAGCACUACGAUUUUCACAUUAUGGAAAGGGCUAGUUCUCAGUAGUGUAUACUGCACUGGACUUGCAGUCUCUUCCACUUAUCUUUUUUUCUCUCCUCGAUUGGGCUUGUAUAAUGGGUUUCUGUUGACUUAUACAGACCCCUGGAUUGUCGUGUUUUAUGAUCGAGCAAUUGAGGAAAACCAGUGAUCCAGCAAAAAAAGUGGCUACGAGUUUUCCAGUUUGUUUCCACAGUUGUCCAAACAAAGAAUCUGAACAUAUCACAGAACAGCUUCUUUGUAUAGAGAAUGCUGAACCAAAACACAAAUUUUAUAGCCUUUUGUUUUAUAUUUGUGAAUCUUGAAUCCAAUCCAAAACUUCAUUGUACAGCAACCGUUUCAUGUCAAUAAUAGCCAAUAAUGACUAAUUUUCACAGGUUUACCCCAGCACAGCCAGCAAAAUAUGACCCUGUUAGGAAAACAAAGUAAAUUGGAAUGAUCUGAAAUAGGUUGUGGGAAUUAUUUCAUUAUCUACCUUGAGUUACUCCUGAUGUACAAAGUAAAAUAUGUGAAUACAAUGCCUCCAUAUACAACCUAAAGACUUAACAAUUUGCCAACUUAGAUGAAUCUGAAACAAUUUCCCCAAUCUAUUUUAGUUUACAUUCAUACUCACUGAAAUGGUUCUUUAAUUUAUCAACUGUGUGAACAUUCCUGUAUUUGUUUUGAAUCCCAGAUUGCAAGGUUCCUUUUCUUUGUGGUGUUUUUUUUAAAUGCUGGACAUUUGUUAUAAAGUUUCUAAGUGUUUUAAGUUCAUCUAAUAUUGAGGAUCACUGGAUGCGACAGAAUUAUUGCACAUAUUAACAUCCAAACCUAUUGUUUUUUUUCCAUUUGUGUGUGAAUACCGCCAGGCUGUACAAUGUGUGCUGAUGCAAGUUUUUUUUUUUCUUUUUUCAGUUUUUCAGUUCAAGAAAAAUAAA